CAUAAGCUGCCAAUCAUCCUCCCUCUUUGGUUCGGGAUGUUCCGGCAAACGACCCAAACUAAUCCAGAUGAGGCCUUCGAUGAAAAGCACUAUCAUUAACGAACAUAAUCUUCUCCGUUCAUCGGUUGCCAGUGGAAAAUUAGAUGGGUUUUCCUCAGCCAGUCGAAUGUCCAGCCUGGCGUGGAACGACGAACUGCAAUCCGUUGCUACGAGCAAUGCCAGGCGGUGUCAAUUUGAGCACGAUGCGUGUCGAAAUACAAGGGUUUUCCGUUUUUCCGGCCAAAAUCUGGCGAUGAGAUCACUGCAGGGCCGACGGAUUCGCGUUAGGCUGCGAAAGCUGCUUCGGGAGUUUGUUCAAGUUUGGUUCGAUGAGCACCAGCAUGCCAAUCAGUCGAUGAUUGAUGCAUACCCGGAAGACCACAGUGGACCGGACGUGGGCCAUUUUACGCAAAUGGUUAGCGAUAGAACGUGGGCUGUUGGCUGCGGAAUGACUCGGUUCACUGAUCGGGAGGCAACCCAUUACUACCUGGUGUGCAACUAUUCCUUCGCCAACAUUGUGCACCAGCCGGUUUAUGUGAAAGGAAAACCAUGCUCUCGUUGCCAACGCAAGUGUAGCCGUAAAUAUCCGGGCUUAUGUGGCGAUGGUGAAAAGAUCAGCUCAACGCCGUGAGAGCCGA